GAAGAAACAUGCUCACUUACUAGUUAGCUUCUUGUUAAGCUAACGCUACAUGGAUGUGACAACGGCUAACCUAGAGUCUUUCUGUUGCCCGUCCUACUGGGUGGAUAUAAUGAGAAGGAAGAAGAUGAGGAGAAGGAAGGUGGAGAUGUCAGAGUGCUGAACAUCUGUCUGUAUGGAGGAUGUGGUUCUGCACUAUCAGCCUGGAUCAGCAAACAGGCUCAGCUCCCUAUUAGACAGGACGGCGAAGCUUUUGGGGCCUUUCCCCUGUCGGACUCCUCCGGUCUUCACCCCGUGGUUCCCGACUGUUGCAUCAGACUGUCGGCUGCCCAUCAGACCUGCCAAACCAGCUCCCAUUAUCGCCAGUACAGGCGACCUCCUGUCUGUGACGAAGCCCGACACAGAAGACGAAAAACGGGGAGCCAUCGAUCGCCUCGUUGCUCGAAAACGCAGUGCCCACAUAGAACCUCCACCCAGAAGUACUCAACAAACCAAAGAUGCAUUCUGCAUUUCAGAGACUCCAAACCAUCCCCUAAGACAUGCAGCAUCACUCAGGAAACAGCCACAGCCUGUCAGACGCUCCUGGAGCGUCUUCACACAGAGAGGAGUCCUGCUGCAGAGCUCAGAGACGCUGUCCAAAUGCUUCCGUCACAUGAUGUCCGUCCACAGGCUCCACCUCCGCCAGAGGGCCAAGUGGGUGAUCUCCGAGUACAACUGCAGCAACAUCGAAAAGACUUGGUGCUCUCUGAACCGGUCCGUCCGGACUUCCAGGCUGCCCACGUGCAACGCUAACAUCCAGCGGGACCGUGCGGAGAUCUGGGUGUUCUGUGAUGUUGCAUACUCGGAGCAGGUGGGGCAUUUCCUGAAGGAGGAGCUGCAGCUGUCGGGGAGUAUCAGCCUGUCGGUCCACAGACUGGGAAACAUCUUCAGCAUGUAGAGAAAAACCAGUAGAAACCAGGCGGUGUGAUAAACGCCUCCAGGUCUCAACAUGCUGUGGCUGAAAUAAACAACGUGACCACAAAGGGGCAGUAAGCUCCCCUAACAGAGUUUUACUGAGUUUACAUGCUGCUUUCCUGGUUUAUAGUUUUUAUACUAUUUAAGGCCUAUUUAUGCUCCCUUACGUAUGUAGUAAAUCGGUACGUCCUUUUCCAGCGUUGUCAUACAUCGCCGCCCUCAAACUUCCAUACGUUGCCAUGAUUGUUUAAUCAAUUUGUCCACUAGUGGCCAGAGCUGAGUUCACAGUUCUCUUCCACGUUCUUACGUCAGUCUCAGACACCGGCUGCUGGCAGUAAUGCACCGCUGUAAAGUUGUUUGCAACCACCCAACACACUCAGCCUUUCUUCAAAAGCUCCCGCCAUCGCUACAGUUUUCUCCUCUCCUCGUCCUCACGUCUUCUUCUUCUUCCUGUUCCUCCUCUUCUUCUCUAGUUUGUUCUUUUUGCUGCCUCCCGUGGUUUCUGGAGGUAUUUCUGUUUGCUGCAACAACCGACCACUGAAAACACACCAAUCAUGCGUGUAAACGAUGCUGGAGACAGAUGAAAGUGUCUGUUCGUUUAUGCAUCCAUCUAAGUGGGCCUUUAGGGUGAAUGCAGGUUUCUGAUGCACCUCUGAACUUCAGCCACUAAUAUGAGGAGUGUUUCCUCUGUUCAGGGAGAUUUUACCUCCUGAAAAUAACACGUUUACAAAGGUUAAAAGAAACUUUGUGGGUGGAGUUUGUAUCACCGAAGCAUUUUCCAGUGUAAACAAAAAUAAUCAGGAGAUUCUACCAAAGCGAACGUCGACUAUUUCCAGCCUGUUUUAUUUCACAGUUGUUCUUGCUUUAGUGUGGAAAUGUUUUCCUAAGUCUCUUGUCCACCCAAAGCUUCUUUUCAUGCUGAGCUCUUUUUAAAUCUUUUAUUAGGCUUCAGAGUAAUUUUAAAACUAAAUGCACAGCAUUGAUUCUUCACCAACUUGCAGCCAACUCGGUGCUGAAGCUGGUGACUUAAAUCACGCAGUUGAAUCGCAGAGUGAACUCACUGAUGAUGUCUUUCCAGAUAUGGUAUAAUAUUUGGAUAAUGUUUCUGAAAGCCAAAAGCAUUUCAGACUAAUUCUCGAAUGCCAGAAAAUUUAGAGGAACCUUGACAAAUACUCGUUUGCAUGUUUAAAAUAAUCUAAAUGUUAGUACACAUAAACUUGUAGCAUCAAAUUUAAGGUUCUAGGUUAUUUGAAGACAACGACUCGUCUGUCCUAAAAGGAUGCAGCGAUGCAGCAAAGACGUCCUUUUCACUAAAAGUACAUUUAUCACUGUCCAAACUAAACCUUUGUCUCCAAAAUUCACCACAUAGAUAAAUAUCAUUUAGCUAAUGAGAAAAAUGAUUUCCAUCUCUGGAAAAAUUUCCUAAAUUAAAUAUAUUUUCUCUGAAGAAUAAGGAACAAAUCUUGUGUUUAUUUGUAAUUGUAACAUGAGCUCGUCAUAUUUACUCUCCAUGAAAUGUUUUAACAGUACAGAGGGAUGGAAACCUGCCGUUGUUUAAGGUUAUUGUAAUAUUCCUCUAAGCAGAUUUCCCAGAACAACAGGAAACAACGCUUUUUAAGCAGAUUAAAUUAAAUCUCAGUAACUUAAAAUGUCACCAUUGGUAUCCUUUCUUCGACUUUUUUCCUUCUUCCUCCUUCAUGCUAUUCGCAGUACAACAGAUUUUGCUCUGCAGUGGCGACGUCUCCUAGUUUGAUGUUUUCCUAUUGUGUGUAAGAUGCUGUAUAACCAGUGUGUUUGAAUCUCAACCAUCUUAUGGUCUCCUCUGUCCUGGUCCUCCCUGUUCUCCUCACCUGUCCUGCUGUUCUAUGAACACUAUAAACCACCGUCCUUUCCUCCCAAUGUUGUUGCCAUCUUGCCUUCAUCUGCUUUUUUAUUAGGCUCUUUAUUUCCCACUUGCUGAAACUGAUACUCAUGAAAACUACACUACUUUUGGUUGCCUGCAUCACCGUCUGAUUACUAUUAUUUUUGCCAGUUAUUCCAUAGUGAGCUGGUAUCCAUACACAUUUAAUGUCGACAGAAACACUGUGUGCAUGAUUUCCAUCGGGACGUCUGGUCCGCUGUCUGGGUGAUUAUGGUGUAAACUUGCUAAUGAUGAACUGGAAUCUGAACAAACUGUUUUGUAUCUUCCACCCACUGAGCUGCCAGCAAUGCAACCCCCCCAAACUUGAGCUUACAACUAAUUGUUCUUCUACUGAAUUACAACUAGCAGCAGCUUUAGCCUAUACUGCACAAAUUUUGAGUCUAUUUUUAAAACGUGAAUAAUUCCGCAUUUAUACAAAACUGUCAAAAAUGCCUCAACAACAUUACAUGUUUAUCUUUCCACAGGAUGGAAAUACUCAAAUGUACAGCUGUAUUAAUAUUUUAUGUAAAGAUUUUUUUACUAUUAAUGAACUGAACUGAGGGAGGCGAUGAGUUGAAGCAUUUUCUGCCUUAUUCCUGGUUCUUUGUUGUAUUUAAUCUGAAAUCAGAUCAUUUUUUAUGUUGCUGCUUGUCUUGCUUUCAGAUGUAAAUAAAGCUUUAUAUCUUUUUAAAUUUAAA